AUGUGCUCGCCGCCAGCUGAUGCCCUCCGCCUCCCAGAGUUGCCGCCGCUGCUGCAUAAUUUCCCAGCUUCAAGCAGGUGCACCGAGUACGUGAUAAUACACGCGCUCGUUGCAUCUGCCAAACGUCAAGGUGGGGACAGGGCGGCGGGAAUCCUGGGAGAUCGGGACCAUUAGCCGGCAACAGUGGCGUGGCGGCGGAGCCGCGCGGUCACGAACAUGCGGCGGCGGUGGCAGUGCUGCGCCGUGGGCAAGAAGAUAGAAUGGGGCUGGUCCAACCGACGAAGGAGGCGAAGGGCAGGGCUGUCCACAAGGACACUAGGAAGCGAUCCCGCUGCCCCGGUAGGUAGAGGUCCCUGUUUUGUGCCGGUUGAAUACUGUCGGUGCCCGGUAUAGUGCCGCUGUCUUCGGCGGGCACACACUGAAUUUCCAAGCCAUUCUCAAUAUUUUUGAAUAGUGCCGGUGCCCGGUGUUGUAGCGCCGAUGUUUUUUUCUGGGGACAUACCGGUAAUAUCCCAACAGGGAGGGACCUCGAAGUAUCUGCACCGCGGGAGACGGGGGUAGAAUAGAGGGGCCUACGCACCCGGAGGGAGUAGCAGACAGUCUGCGCUUAGGAGGACGAGGAGGCCAACCAAACAGGAGGGCUCGUUGCGAAGCUUUCGUCGUCACUGGUGCGACGGGCUUUGCACGAGAGAGCGGAUGACGUUUGUUGGGCUCACAGCGAUGG